CGGAGCCGGCGACGUGAGGAGGUCGUUGGUCUGGCUUCCUGGAGAUCCUGGGAAGGCGAAAUGGAGGGGUGUGUGUCUAAUUUAAUGGUCUGCAACCUGGCCUACAGCGGGAAGCUGGAGGAGUUGAAGGAGAGGAUCCUGGCCGAUAAAUCCCUGGCUACUAGGACUGACCAGGACAGCAGAACUGCAUUGCAUUGGGCAUGCUCAGCUGGACAUACAGAAAUUGUUGAAUUCUUGCUGCAACUUGGAGUGCCAGUGAAUGAUAAAGAUGAUGCAGGUUGGUCUCCUCUUCAUAUUGCUGCUUCUGCUGGCCGGGAUGAGAUUGUAAAAGCCCUUCUGGGAAAAGGUGCUCAAGUGAAUGCUGUCAAUCAGAAUGGCUGUACUCCCCUACAUUAUGCAGCUUCCAAAAACAGGCAUGAGAUUGCUGUCAUGUUACUAGAAGGCGGGGCUAAUCCAGAUGCUAAGGACCAUUAUGAGGCUACAGCAAUGCACCGGGCAGCAGCCAAGGGUAACUUGAAGAUGAUUCAUAUCCUUCUGUACUACAAAGCAUCCACAAACAUCCAAGACACUGAGGGUAACACUCCUCUACACUUAGCCUGUGAUGAGGAGAGAGUGGAAGAAGCAAAACUGCUGGUGUCCCAAGGAGCAAGUAUUUACAUUGAGAAUAAAGAAGAAAAGACACCUCUGCAAGUGGCCAAAGGUGGUCUGGGUUUAAUACUCAAGAGAAUGGUGGAAAGUUAAGCAGCUUGGAUUUAGUCUUACUUUGUAUCUUUUGUGGUUGUCCCCUAAUGUCCUGGAAACUGAUGUACUUGUGCACAAAACAUCAUCUAUCAAUGAUGAAGCUUUUUCAUCUUCAGAGUCCUAUAAACAUGUUGAAUAUUGUUCCUGCUGAGGUAUUUGUUCUACGCUUACAACUUGCUUUCCAGGCAUUGAAUAACUUGUUGAGAUUGUUCUACUAUUGUUGUGUAUUACUCUAUAUUGAAUUUUGGUUAACUUUGAGUAAGUGAUUCUGUGGCUAUUGUGAGUCUUCUGCACCCUGCCGUGCACCCUUUAUCCCCCUCUGAGGCAGAACAACUCUGAGGUAGUACCAGGCCAGUUGUUCUGCCAAAUGUUUCUAGGUGGACUCUAGAAUGUUCUUCUGUUUAGUUGAAACACAUCCUAACUUGUUUAUCAAUCUCACUCAGAGGCCUAUGCCAAAUAUUUCCGGUUUUUUUCAACAGUAUGGUUUAAUUUGUUUUUGUUAUAGGAGGAAUACGUAUGUAUUUUGAGGACCAAAUUUUCAGUUGGAGAGCAUGCUUUCCAAGUCUGGUAUUCAUAAACACUAAAAUAAUGAAAAAGAAUAGCUUGUGUACCCAUGUAUCUUUUUAAUGAACUAUUUCCCUCCAAAAUGAAAUGUAUUAUUUUUAAAAAUGAGGUUUUAAAGUACCUAUAUUAAGUCAUCCUGAAUUGAAUAGAAUGUCAAGCUUGUUACCAUGAUAUGUAACAAAAAUGUAUUUUGACUUUUAUUUCAGAAACUAAAAAAAUAAAACAUUGAGAGAAUCUCCUAA